CCGGCCUCUUUGGUCUCGGCGGCAGUGGCGAGAUGACGAAGGGAACGUCAUCCUUUGGAAAGCGUCGCAAUAAGACUCACACGUUGUGCCGCCGCUGCGGUUCUAAGGCCUACCACCUUCAGAAGUCGACGUGUGGCAAAUGUGGCUACCCUGCAAAACGCAAGAGAAAGUAUAACUGGAGUGCCAAGGCUAAGAGACGAAAUACUACCGGAACUGGUCGGAUGAGGCACCUAAAAAUUGUCUACCGCAGGUUCAGGCAUGGAUUCCGUGAAGGAACAACACCUAAACCCAAGAGAGCAGCUGUUGCAGCAUCCAGUUCGUCUUGAGAUUUUCAAAGAUUAGCCAUGCAAUAAAUGUUUUGGUUUAAAAAAAAAAA